AUGUGGACGUGGGGGUGGAAAAACAAAAAGAACAAAAAGGGCGGGCUGGCGAUUGAGCCGGAGAGCCCCAUCGAAGCCAGAUCCUCCUCCUCUGUCCCAACAGAAGACCGUCCUCACUCCUUCAAUUCCCCCACCAACUUCUCCUCCAACUCCUCCACCUCCUCCGCCUCCUCCCUUAAAUCUCACAUCAAAUCCUCCCUCCCAGAAAACCCCCUCAUCUACGACAUGUCGGAUAUCCGCCACGCUUUAUUAAGCCGCCGCCCCGGCUCCUCCUCCUCCUCUCGCCGCCGCUCCCUUUGCGGCAAAGACGUCGUCAUUUUCCAGCGCGAGUCCGGCCUCCCACUCUCCAACUCCGACUCCGACUCCGACAUCUACCACCGCCUCGCCCAGAUCUCCAAAUCCCACCACACAAGCCUCAUCAAGCUCCUCGGUGCCUCCCUCAACGGCCACUACGUCUACCUCGUCUACGAAUACGUCCCGGGCGCCAACCUUGCCGACUGCCUCCGCAACCCUAACAACCCCGACUUCACCGUUUUGUCCACGUGGCUCUCCCGCAUGCAGGUCGCCGCCGACGUCGCCGAUGGCCUCAAUUACAUGCACCACUCGUCCGGUGACAACUCCACCUUCGUCCACAACCACAUCAAAUCCUCCAGCAUCAUCGUCUCCGAGCAGAAAAACCUUCCACUCAGAGCCAAGAUCUGCCAUUUCGGCACCGCCGCGCUCUGCGGCGAGACACAGGCUCUGUCCGCGACGGUGGAGGGCACCAGAGUGUACAUGGCGCCCGAGUCUCAGCUGACGCACAAGUGCGAUGUUUAUGCCUUCGGGGUUGUGCUUCUGGAGUUGAUUUCAGGGGAGGAGCCAUUGAUUGACGGCAAAGGAGGAGGAGGUGGAGGAGGGUGUAGGAGGGUGAGUGUGAUCGAGACGGCGAGGAAGGCUGUGAGUAGCGGCUGCGGGGUGAGGAGGUGGGUGGAUCCGAGAUUGAAGGACUCCUUUCCGAUGGAGGUGGCGGAGAAGAUGGUGAAGGUGGCGUUGGAGUGUGUGGUGGAGGAUCCGGAAAGCCGACCCGACAUGGGUCGGGUUGCGGGUUUGGUUUCGAAGCUGUUUUUGAAGUCGGAGAGUUGGGAUAAGAAGAUGGGCCGGCCUAUUGACAUGACAAUUUCAUUGGCUCCUCGGUGA